GUGCAGUAUUGAAAGAGACCCCCUCAAGGCCUAGCUGACACUGUUGUGUAGCUGGGAGAUUGGAGAAUUAAAGAGCAGUAGUGGUAUGUGUGUUAUUCUAGGGUAAAGAGCAAUCAAGAGUCAAAGGAGGUUAGUAAGAACCGGGCUUGGAAAUAUAAAUGAGAGUUUUCGUUAACUGAACCUAAAAAAAUAACAACAAUUAACUUUUUUGAGUUGGUUUGUUAAAAUGAAAUGGAGGCGCCAAGCCUGCUAUGGACGGAGAAAUAACGAUAGAACAUUUCUAUCUGAUCAAGGGCUGUGACACGAUUUGGUCAAGAGGAGGACUGUGGUAGCAGGAAACCCUGAGGAUCACCGAAGAGAAGGGAGGCAACUUUAAACCAUCUGGGCUACCUUGGUUAGCCGAAUAGUGACACAUUAAUUUGGGUGUAUGAAAAUCUGAUUUUUGGGAAAACGAGUAAAAGAAAAUCUGUCACCGGUGUGAGCAACCCCCCCACACAAGGUUUAAAACAACUUCUAAAAGCUGCUUAACAGCAGUACAACGACAGGGUAACAGGACUACUGGAGAGUCAAUGGUCUGUUUUACUGUGUGGACUUAGAAUACAAAUUGGUGACUCGUUUUAAAUUAAACCAACAAUGAUGGAUGAGUGUUACAACAACAUGGAAUACUUUUACCAGCAAGUCUUGCAAAAGGACGUGACCCGGCGGCUCCAGGUUGGCCAAGAGCUAAUCGACUACCUCAAUGACCCGCAAAGGUCUUCUGAUGUGGAGCAGGACCGACCACAACUGGAUGCGACCAUAGAUGAGUUAGCGGGCUGGGUAAACUCCAGCAAUUUUAAGGUGACGUUACUCGGGAUAGAUCUUGUAAGUGCAUUUGUAGACCGGCUAUCGGAUCACUUUAAAGGCAACGUAGGAGCUGUUCUUCCAGCACUGAUUGACAGACUGGGCGAUGCCAAAGACCAAGUUCGAGAGCAGUCACAAAAUCUCAUUCUCAAGCUGAUGGACCAGGCUGCUCCACCAAUGUAUGUCUGGGAUCGUUUAUGUACUGGCUUUAAACACAAGAACUUUCGGUGUCGAGAAGGAGUGUGCCUUUGUCUCAUUGCAUCCAUAAAUAUGUAUGGAGCUAAACCGUUAACGUUAAACAAGCUAAUGCCAUUCCUGUGCACCUUGUUGGGAGAUUCAAAUAAUCAAGUUAGAGAGACGGCAAUAAUGGCAGUAUUGGACAUUUACCGACAUGUAGGGGAGAAAGUGAGAAUCGAUCUGAGCAAGAGGGGACUUCCAGCUGCACGGUUACAAACGAUAUUUAAUAAGUUUGAUGAAGCACGCAACUCUGGGAAUAUGGUUUUAAGCAGCGUUCCGGAUAAAAGCUUUGAAGAUGAUGAGUCUGUGGAUGGGAACAGGCCCUCAUCAGCCCAGCCUGCGUUCAAGGUCCCUGCGCCCAAGAAGCCUGGCAAUCCUAGCAGCAGCUCCAGGAAACCGGGCUCAGCAACUGGGAAGUUAGGAGGUCUGUCAAAGGAGGGAACUGGGGCAAUUGAUGAAGAUGACUUUUUCAAGGCCUUCACCGACGUGCCCACAGUUCAGAUUUAUUCCACCAGAGACCUUGAGGACAAUCUUAACAAAAUCAGGGAAAUCCUUUCAGAUGACAAGCAUGACUGGGAUCAGAGAGCCACUGCGCUCAGGAAGUUCCGUUCGUUGUUGAUUGCCGGGGCUGCAGACUAUGACUGUUUUUACCAGCAUCUGCGAUUGUUGGAUGGAGCGUUUAAACUGUCAGCUAAGGACCUGCGCUCCCAGGUGGUUAGGGAAGCCUGCAUCACUGUCGCAUAUCUUUCCUAUGUGCUGGGAAACAAGUAUGACCAUGGGGCAGAAGCCAUUGUGCCUGUUUUGUUCAAUCUGAUUCCCAACUGUGCCAAGGUUAUGGCAACGUCUGGUGUGUCAGCAAUCAGAUUCAUCAUACGGCAUACCCAUGUUCCAAGGUUGAUUCCUCUAAUAACCAGUAACUGUACGUCUAAAUCGGUUGCAGUCAGAAGGCGAGGCUAUGAUUUCCUUGAAUUGUUACUACAGGAGUGGCAAACACAUUCCUUAGAAAGACAUGUCGCUGUUCUGGUGGAUAGCAUUAAGAAGGGGAUCUGCGAUGCUGAUGCCGAGGCCAGAGUGGAAGCAAGAAAGGCUUACUGGGGUUUGCGGAAUCACUUUCCAGUAGAGACGGAGGCCCUGUAUAACUCACUGGAGCCGUCCUACCAAAAGACCCUGCAGUCCUGCCUGAAGAGCUCUGGCAGCGUGGCCUCGCUCCCCCAGUCCGACCGCUCCUCCUCCAGCUCGCAGGAGAGCCUCAACCGGCCUUCAUCGAAAUGGUCAGGAUCGGGCGCUUCUGUUGCACCAGGAAGAGUAUCUGCAAGUAAGAAGGCGGCCCCGACCCCAGGAUCCCUGCAGCGUUCAAGGAGUGACAUCGAUGUCAACGCGGUGGCUGGUGCCAAAUCUCGACAGGCAGGUGGAGCAGGCCGCUUGACAGCCUCCGGCCUUCCACCAGGCUCCUAUGCCUCCUUAGAUGAUGCAUCUGAAAAAACGGAUGGCCGGGUUCGCACAAAGCUGUCCGCAGCCUCUGGUGGGAUUGCAAGCAGUCAGGUAGACUCCCGGGGACGCAGCCGGACAAAAGUGGUUUCUCAGUCUCAACGUUCAGAAUUGCCAGAAAGUAACCCAGGAUCACAGUCAGCUAACCCCAUUGGUGCUGGCAGUCGCUCAGGCUCUCCUGGCAGAGUUCUGACAAGCACUGCACUGAGUACCAUGAGCAGCGGAGUCCAAAGAGUGCUGUUCAGUGCGGGCUCCGCACAGAAGCGCAGCAAGAUCCCUCGCAGUCAGGGCUGCAGCAGAGACUCCAGCCCAACGCGUCUCUCCGUAGCACCGUCAAGCCAUCAGCAAAUCUACAAUGGCGGAGGUAGAGGAGCGCGAGGCAGCCGCAUUCCUCGUCCUAGUAUGAGUCAGGGCUGUAGCCGGGAGGCCAGCCGAGAAAGCAGCAGGGACACAAGCCCUGUCCGCUCUUUCCAGCCCCUUGUUUCCAGACACCACUCCAGGUCCACAGGUGCUCUCUACACCCCUGAAGUUUUUGGGGCUGCAGGUUCUGGGUAUGGGAUCAGUCAGUCAAGCAGACUGUCCUCCUCGGUGAGCGCCAUGAGGGUUCUCAACACAGGCUCUGAUGUGGAGGAGGCGCUAGCAGAUGCAUUGCUGUUAGGAGACAUAAGGAGCAAGAAGAAGCCUGCGAGGAGGAGGUAUGAAUCCUAUGGAAUGUACUCGGAUGACGAUGCCAACAGCGACGCCUCCAGUGCCUGUUCAGAGCGUUCCUACAGCUCCCGCAACGGCAGCAUCCCCACCUACAUGCGGCAGACCGAGGAUGUGGCAGAGGUCCUGAACCGCUGUGCCAGCUCCAACUGGUCCGAGAGGAAGGAAGGACUCCUGGGACUGCAGAACCUGCUCAAGAACCAGAGAACGCUGAGCCGUGUUGAAUUGAAAAGGCUGUGUGAAAUCUUCACUAGAAUGUUUGCAGACCCGCACAGCAAGGUGUUCAGUAUGUUCCUGGAAACACUGGUCGACUUUAUUCACGUCCACAAAGAGGACCUGCAGGACUGGCUGUUCGUAUUGCUAACACAGCUCCUGAAGAAAAUGGGUGCAGAUUUGCUUGGCUCUGUGCAGGCUAAGGUCCAGAAAGCACUAGAUAUUACCAGAGAGUCGUUUCCAAAUGAUCUCCAGUUUAACAUUUUGAUGCGAUUCACAGUGGACCAGACUCAGACACCUAACUUGAAGGUGAAAGUUGCGAUACUGAAGUACAUUGAGACGCUGGCUAUGCAGAUGGAUCCCGGGGACUUUGUUAACUCCAGUGAAACCCGACUGGCCGUCUCGCGAAUCAUCACCUGGACUACUGAGCCCAAGAGCUCUGACGUCAGGAAGUGUUCAGGCAGCGUUACCAUGGACGUCGCAGAACCCCAAAAAACAAAUAUUGAGGACGGCGGGGGGGCAACUGCAUAUAAAGCCGCGCAGGUUGUGUUGAUUUCUUUGUUCCAACUCAACACCCCAGAAUUCACUAUGCUGCUGGGAGCUUUACCAAAAACAUUUCAGGAUGGUGCAACCAAACUACUUCAGAACCAUCUUUGGAACAGCGGAAACACUGCCCAGGCUCCCACAGGUAGCCCACUGACUCGCCCUACACCACGCUCCCCAGCCAACUGGUCCAGUCCCCUCACCUCUCCGACAAACACGUCUCGGAACACUUUGUCACCAAGUGCAUUUGACUAUGAUACAGAAAAUAUGAACUCAGAAGACAUCUACAGCUCUCUCCGUGGCGUGACAGAAGCCAUUCAGAACUUCAGCUUCCGCAGUCAGGAAGACAUGAACGAGCCGGUCAAAAGGGACUUGAAAAAAGACGGAGACAGAGAAGCUGGUGGGAUGGGAAGUGCCUUUCCUGACCUGCGAGGUGGUGGUGAUGCACCAGACACAGGCCGUACAGCCCUGGACAACAAGACUUCACUCCUCAACACCAUGCCUCUACUGCACUCCAGCCCACGCAGCCGCGAUUACAACCCCUUCAACUACUCAGACUCUUUCAACAAGUCCAACCUCAAGGAGGCCAUGUUUGACGACGAUGCAGAGCAGUUUCCUGAAGACAGUAAUCUGGACCAGUCAGAGCUGGUGGGCGAGCUGCUGAAAGAGCUGUCCAAUCACAACGAGCGUGUGGAGGAGCGGAAGGCGGUCCUGUGUGAACUCAUGACACUCAUCCGGGACAACCUGCUUGUGGUGUGGGACGAACACUUUAAAACCAUCCUCCUGCUGCUGCUGGAGACACUCGGGGACAGAGAGCACACUAUCAGAGCCUUGGCUUUGCGAGUGUUGAAAGAAAUCCUCAACAGACAGCCAGCGAGAUUCAAGAACUAUGCAGAGCUGACCAUCAUGAAGACUCUAGAGGCACAUAAAGAUCCACACAAGGAGGUGGUACGAGCUGCAGAAGAAGCUGCUUCGAUGCUGGCGACAUCCAUCAGUCCAGAUCAGUGUAUAAAAGUGCUCUGCCCCAUUAUCCAGACAGCAGACUACCCCAUAAACCUGGCUGCUAUCAAGAUGCAAACAAAAGUCAUUGACAGAGUCUCAAGAGAGACCUUAAACCAGCUCCUGCCAGAGAUUGUCCCAGGUCUAGUGCAGGGCUACGACAAUUCAGAGAGCAGUGUUCGCAAAGCCUGCGUGUUCUGUCUGGUUGCUAUCCAUGCAGUCAUUGGCGAUGAGCUUAAACCCCACCUAAACCAGCUCACCGGCAGCAAGUUGAAGUUGUUGAACCUGUACAUUAAGAGAGCACAGACAGGGAGUGGCGGCAGCGACCCGACGUCAGACAUCCAGAGCUAGUGAAGACCAGCACCGGCAACUGGAUCAGCGAGGGGAAGCGAGACUCAGCCACUUAACACGAAGAGAAAUCAUUUAAAGCACAUCCUCGCCCAUCAGAGUUAUUGUUUUCAGUUACAUUACUGGAUGGAUUUCCCUUAAGCCUGCAUGUUAACUGUUGCACUAAAAGUUAUUUUGAAAUGCAGGGGGUUACAGUAUUAGUUUCAAAUGAUAAAGGUAAAAGGAGAUAAACAGUAAAUAAAAACUAAAAUAAGAAUUGAAAGAAAUAAUUCAAUCCUGUUCAUCUUUUUUUUUUUUCAUGCGAGUCUUCCCUUUUACCAAUGUUACAAUUUUCUAAAUAAAAUAAAAGAAUGCUUUAAGCUUUUUAAAUUGUUUGGCUUUUAUCUGGCUGCAUAUGAAGUCGCCUAUUUUUAAAGUGGUUCAGGAACAAAAGCACUUUGACACAAAAGUUAUCAUUGCUGUAGUAACUGCUAGAACCAGGCUUCACCUCCGGAAUUGGAGCAUCCUGUGGUAAUGGCACAUGCUCUUUAGGAGGGAGGGAGUAGAAAAUAUUGAUUGGCGACACAAUCAGCCAGUUCACUUUUAUUCCCAAACCAAGAGUGUGUUGAUCAAAAGUUUAGGGGAGCUAAUACAAGCUAUCAGCAGGUAAUAGCCCAUCACUGGAUUAGUAGUUGAAUCUGUUUUGGGAGUUACUGCUUUACUGAAUGGACAUAUGCCAGACCUGCGAGUAUAGUUUACCCAAGCAGGAAGCUUCGGAGUGGAAUCCUUUGCACAGACACCCCCAGUAUGUUCUGCAUAUGCUUUGUUAAAUCGCCUGUCUUUCAUAGAACAUUAUUGUCAGUGCUUUAUCAAUAGCUUUAUGCACUUUGGUGGUAAGUCAGCUUCUGUUUUGGUGGAAACAGGGACAUAUUUUUAUAAUUAGUUCUUUUUAAUGGGUUUAUUGGUAUCAUAGCUAUGUUCCCACUAGCCGCUCGCCAGCAAAAUGUUUUCAUGUGUGGCUCAAUUAAUUUUCACCACGUUUGCCACAGUUGUGAAGGCUUUGAAAAAUGUAGUUGUGUAAGACUGUGCCAGCAGGAUUACUUUGAACGUGUGCUGGUAGAUGAAUCAAUACAGACUGUUUGUUUCAUUUCGUUUCACCCAAUAAAAGCCAUUUAGCUUGAUUUGCGUAUGACUGUGAUAGACACAGUCGGUGUUUGCUAUCUCUUUUAAAAUAUGAUGAAUAUAGUUUAGAAAUAGUAACAGAAUGGUUCCAAGAAGAUUCGGAAGAGGAACAAUUAAUAAAAGAAUAAACAUUUAUUAUUUUAAAAAGGAUUUGUUUCGCUAUGAUUUAUUGAUUUUUAAUGUCGGAAUCAGUGCAAUAUUACUGCAGUAGUCCCAGGUGAAAGAAACAUGGUAAAAAAAACUUUUUAAACAGUCAUGGCUGAACAGUCCUGCUUAAUGUUACAAGCUUGUGUAACUAGAGCUGCUGCUGGUCAGGGAGGCAUUUAUAUUAACAUACUUACAGCACUGUAUAUUGGCAGUUUCAUUUACCGUUAUGCAGUGGAAAGUAAACCGUGACACCAUCAAAGUAAUGUAAAGGGGCAGCAUAUGAAUAUCUGCAAAGAUUUUAGCAAAUCUGCAAGCACGUUUUGUCAUGUGGGACUGAGUUUGUCAUUGAUUAAAUGGGAGUCAGUGCACUUUUAAAUAUACUGCUUAUGUGUCAGUAAAGGGUAGGGUCUGGCAUUUAAACAUCUAUAUUUUCAAAUAAAGUACAUUUUUUUGUCUUGCUGAAACAGUAUGUUUCUAACCAGUUUAUACUAAAUGUUUAUACUUUAUAUAAACAAAUGUCCACAAAAAUCAUGUAGUAAAAUGUUAUUAUUUUAGCUUUGUGAAGUUGUAAAAGGCAGACGGUACCUAUAUUAUGAAUUCUACCAGUGACAGUGUAUUGCUUGUAUGUCAUUCAGUCUUGCAUUGGAAGCUGAAAAGCUCACCUAUAUUAUUUGUGUUUAGGAAACCUGUGGCAAGUGUGGUGUUUAGGGGAGAGGAGACAGUUGUAGUCAAUAUGUUUAUUGUAUUGUGUACAAUAAAACAGUUUUUCGGUUUUCUUUAAUAUUCUUUGGUGUGGCUUAAGUUUUUGCAGUGUGGCUAAAAAUGGUUGUUACUUUAGCCACAGUGGCUAACUAAAUGAAAAUCUUAAAGGGAACGUAGCAUAGUAUGACAGUCCUUAAAAUUUCAUUUUGUCACAGAGCCAACCAAAGAAAUGGAGGAAAUGAGAGGGGUGCGUAGGGGGAGUCCAGUGGUGGUCUGAUAAUGAUAUGUUCUCUUAUUACUAGUUGUUGCUUGUUUGAUCCUAAUUGUGAAGUACAGCAUUGUACAUCGAAUUUGAGUUGCACAACCAAAGGCAUACAGUAGAAUUACUAUCCAGGCAAUGCUUAAUACAGAAGGGAAGCCAUAAAAAGAGCAGUCCUGUAUGGUGUACUCUAGCUCUCUGUGAUCUUUUGGUUUAACUAGUAUUCUGUUUGAAUCUUUGAGUUCUAUAACAGCAGACUUCUAAACGUUUACCCAACUUGCUUCUACGCUUAAAAAAAAAAAAAAAAAACCUUUCUCUUCGUUAACGUUUGCUAACAGUGAGCCGAGAUGCUACUUUUGCACUUAAUGUCAUUUCCGUUAUAGGGGGGUGAUUCUGAUGGUGUAUAGGUGGAGCCGGAUAUUGGCAAUAUUCUUUUUUUUGUAAAAAAAAAUAAAAUAAAAAAUACAUAAAUAAAUACAAUACAAUAGAACAAAAGCAAGCAGUUAGUGUGGCAAGUGAGUCCAGCUGAGAAAAGGAGUGUGUUGAUAUGGUUGCUUUGCUCUUGCAAAAGUAGUCUCCUUUUUUCUUUAAUGAGAAAUUAGUAGAAAUGUAUUUAAAGACCUGAAAAGGCAAACAUUGUGUCAUUUGUCACUCUUUUGUUUUAUAUAGCAGCUGCGUCAGAAAGCUGUGUACGUUUUUUGCUUUCUUUUUUUUGUGUGACAUUCUAGUUGUUUCCCACUGUUCUGUUACUUUUGUGUAUUUAUAGAUCUGUGCUUACAGUUGUGCAUAUAGCUUCAAUAAAACUGUACAUAACAUUACCUGAAAAAUGAAA